GGCCUCCAAUCCCACCCUGCCUCACCAGACCAGCUUCUCCAGGCCAGCUGCGUAGAGAAUCGUCCAAAGAAUGUCUGAUCCCAAGCUUCUAGACAUCCCAGCUGUGAUCUUUGACAAUGGGUCUGGAUUAUGCAAGGCUGGCAUUGCUGGGGACAGUGCCCCAAGGGUGGUCAUCACAGCAAUUGUUGGCCGCUCCAAAGCCAAAGCCACAAUGCUUGGCGCUGGCCAGAAGGAAUUUUACAUUGGAGAAGAAGCUCAGUGCAAAAGGGGCGUCUUGUCACUGAAUUACCCCAUUGACCAUGGCAUCGUGACAUCUUGGGAUGACAUGGAGAGGAUAUGGAGGCAUGUCUAUGAGUGUGAACUGAGGAUCAAAUCCAGCGACAGACCAGUGCUCUUGACUGAAGCCCCACUGAAUCCUCUCCAGAACAGGGAGAGAAUGACGGAGAUCAUGUUUGAAAAUUUCAAGGUGCCUGCCAUGUAUGUUGCUGUCCAGGCUACUUUGGCACUCUAUGCAUCAGCACGGACCACGGGGAUAGUCAUAGACAGUGGGGAUGGUGUCACUCACACAGUCCCCAUCUACGAAGGCUACUGCUUGCCACAUGCUGUCUCCAGGUUGGACGUUGCUGGGCGGGACAUCACUGAGUACUUCAUGAGGCUCCUUCUGGAGAGCGGGCUUUCCUUCGUCAGCACAGCAGAAAGGGAAAUCGUGAAAGACAUCAAGGAGAAGCUCUGCUACGUGGCUUUAGAUCCCAUCCAAGAAAUGAAAGCUAAGCCAGAAUACCUUCUCAGAGAGUAUAAACUACCAGAUGGUAAUAUCAUCAGAAUCGGAAGCCAACUCUUCCGAGCCCCUGAAGCCCUUUUCGCGCCAGCUAACAUUGGUGUCGAUGCUCCCGGAGUCCACAAAAUGGCUUUCAACAGCAUCAUGAAAUGCGACAUUGAUGUCCGCAGAGAUCUAUAUGGGAACAUUCUCCUCUCGGGUGGAUCCACCUUGUUUUAUGGCUUGGAUGAGCGUAUCCUGAAGGAAAUGCAGCUUCAAGUGCCGAUCGGGAUAUCGGUAAGGAUCAUUGCCCCACCAGAGAGGAAGUACUGCGUGUGGAUUGGGGCCUCCAUCCUGACUUGCUUGACAUCUUUCAGACAAAUGUGGGUCACCCUCAAUGAUUACAAAGACUUUGGCCCAGGCGUCGUUCACCGGAAAUGUUUUUAAGACUGACGGCCUUCACCUGUGAUCUUGCUAGAACAAAGGGAGCUCAAGAAAGGCCACAAACAGGUGCACUUCCCAAAUAUUUUCUUUUUUUAGAAAGAGAUUCAGCUGUUGUCUCUUUGGAUUUAUUGGCUGGCCAAAAUUUAAAAGAAAAUAAAAAGAGAAACACACAUUUGGAUCA